AUGACAAGGCACGGGUAUAACAAGAUCUCGCAAGACGACGAAAAGGCCCCGCAGAAGGUUGGCUUUGUUUCUUAUGUUCUCUACCAGUGGAUGAGCAGUGUCUUCAAAACAGGCAAACAACGAGCGUUGGAGCAAAGUGAUUUUUUACCUCUUUCAAAAGAAAAUCGUACGUCAUUCGUAACCGAAAAUCUUCAGGAGAACUGGAGGGAGGAAGAGAGAAAAUGCCAUGAAACUCCGCAAGGACGACCAAAGCUUUGGAAAAGCGUCACACGAACAAUCUCCUUUAGGGAAGUUAUGAUCCUCAUUUGCAUGGGUGUUUUUCGUUCAUUCUUCCGUAUUCCCUCUCCUUUGCUACUUGGAUAUCUAAUUUCAUCGCUGAUGUCUACGGAGCCACAGCAGAAAAUGUUUCUCUAUGGUUGUGCGCUGGCUCUGAGUAUCAGCUCUUUGAUGCAGAAAGUUUCAUCUCAAACGCUUAUGUACAGAUGUGAAUUGAUGGGAAUAACCCUGAGUAGUGCUCUGAAUGGUCUUGUUUAUCAUAAGGUAGGUACCUUACUUCUAUAAAAUGUAGAGGAUGUAAUAAUUCAGUCGUCAGGCGAUGGUCUGAAUAGGAUAAUUGUUUUCGUAAAAACGCACACAACUGAUCAUUAGCCCUUACUACUAACAAGCUUUUCUUUGGUUUGACAACGACUGAUAGAAAAAAGAAAAUUCCAUUCCAAAAAUAAAUAUAACACGAUGGACAACUUCGUACUUGUGAAAGAAAGUCGACGUUCUUAAAGUUCACAAAGCGUUGCGCAGUCUGAAGUAGCCAAAACUGAGACGUUAUCACGUGGAAAUUAAUCUGUUUACAUAGGGGAGGCGAGCAAAGAAAGAGAUCAGUGGCUACUCAGAUCGACUUGAGUUAGGCUGUUAUGUAAAAUGUGCCUUCUUGUUUUCUCGCGGACGUGUAAAAAGAUUUAGGACAAUGGGAUACCUUCAAUGCGUGUUUUAAAUUUUUACGCCCUGCUUCACGGCUUGCUCACAUAAUUGACCAUAUUUGUCGGAAUUAAGCUGUGAACUCGGAGCUACUGUGUAAGCUCACAACAUGACUGCGUUUGCCGAUCAGAAGGCUAAAAAUUCAAUAACCGUGCUCACGUUUUAUUAAAAAGAAAUUAUUUCUCUUUUCCAGACACUUUUACUCAGCAAAGACACAUUAUUACAGUACACAAGAGGUAAAGUUAUUGACCUGGUUUCAAACGAUGUUCAGCGUUUGGAAGGAGAGACAAUCAAGUGGAUCUUUUUUGGUUUCUUUACAUUAAUUGAGCUCCUCAUUCUUCCGUUUUUGAUGGUGUAUUACAUUGGCUGGCAGUCUCUUAUGGGAGUACUCUUUUUUUAUCUUCUCCUUCCAUAUUUCGUCUUACUGUCCAAAGGGGGCGCGGUUCUGCGAUUGCAAACAGCAGCGGUCUCUGACCAACGCAUCUCUCUGAUGAAUCAGGUCGUCUCAGGGAUACGUGCUAUCAAAAUGUAUGCGUGGGAAGAUGAAUACCGCCAACAAAUCAAGAAACCACGAAGGUAUGUAAAGAUAUUAUGAAACUAAUUGCUCGAUACAGAACUCAAGUUUCAUGCAGGCUGUUUAAGACGCCCAUUCAUGAAAUAAUGUUAUUUUGUUCUUACUCGAUUCCAAUUGUAAUUGUGGCCAAAUGAAAGCAAGCCUAUUUCUUAUUUAACAGCCCACCAUUUCCAUAUUUUGUGCCCACUAUUUCCAUAUUUCGUGCGAAAUGAGUUAUCAUGCAUGAUAGUAGUUUUUUCUGAAUGGUACAAACUUUAUAUAUUGAACCAAUAAGAUCGCCUAGAACACCAAGACCACUAAGUAUGUAUGUCAUCGACUAAAUCGUUGUCAAAAUAUCCCAAUUUUACUUGUCCUUUUUUCCAGAGAUGAAAUUGCCAUUAUUCGAAAGAUGUGUGUUCUACGCGCAGGUGUUUUGGCCCUAAGAUUCACUUCUGUUAUCAUUGCAACACUGUUGUCAGUCAUUACCCUUGUGCUGACUGAAGAAACUCUGACACCAUUCAACGUUUUUGUGUUGAUUUCAUUUAACAACAUGCUCGCGAUAUGUAUCGGCGCUUUCCUCGGGUUUGCCUUGUUAGAGGGAUACGAAGCUUACGCCUCGCUUGGCAGAAUUGAGGAUUUUCUCCUUUUGAAAAAUUUGCGAAUCAGUUCAAGUGAUCGUUCAAGCCGAAAAGAAACAGAUAUUGAAGCGAGGAACUCAUCUGAGAUAAAGAGGAGUUCAGUAAAUUGCCAGGAAAAUAUGGGAAAGUCUUCCACUUUGAAUGAAUCACAAGAUCAAACGGUAUUGCGUGUAAGAAGUUUGGCGUACAAGCAAAUGGAGCGACAAGACUCCUACAUUCUUCAAGAUAUCGAGUUUUGCACACCUGCAAGUAGUUUAACAGUCAUUACCGGGCCAGUUGGUAGUGGGAAAUCUACUCUUCUUUCUGUGAUCGCUAGUGAAGUUCCAUGCACACACGGAGAAGUAUCCUGCCGAGGAUCUUUAGCGUAUGUUCCGCAGACAGCUUGGGUAUUCUCUGGAACCAUACGAGCCAACAUUUUGUUUGGUUUGUCAUACGAUGAUUCAAAGUACACCAGAGUAAUUGAGGCCUGCGCUCUGACUGACGACUUCCAGCAGUUUCCUGAUACUGAUCACACGCUUGUCGGCCAACGGGGUGUUGUUUUGAGCGGAGGUCAGCGGGCUAGGGUUAGUUUAGCACGCGCAGUGUACGCUAAUGCAGAUGUGUAUCUUUUGGACGACCCUCUGAGCGCCGUGGACUUCAAAGUUGGACGACACAUAUUUGAAAAGUGUAUCAAAGAACUAUUGAGCGAUAAAACUCGGAUGAUGACCUCUCAUCAAGAAGACCACAUGAAAGACGCUGAUGAAGUGAUUGUGUUGUGUAAGGGGCGUGUGCUGGAAAGAGGGAGUUUCCUGGAGCUGCAAGACAAAGGAAUCCUUAAUAAAACUAUUGACCCGCUCUAUAUGAAGAUUUCAAAAGACAAUACAGGUGAGAAGUUUGUCAGAGAGAACGAAAAUGAAAGUGUUGAAGCUGCUGCCUGCUUGGGUGGGGUGGAAUCUCCGUCGAAGGAAACCAGGAGUCUUCUGAUGCCACAAGAAGAUCGGGAAAUCGGUGCAAUUUCUUCCAAGCUUUACUGGGACUAUUUGAGAAGCGGAAUGUCAACUUGGAUGAUUUUGGCGAUAAUCCUUUUCUCUUUAAUAGCCCAAGGUAAGACUUAAAAACAGCCUCUCAGAAGGAGCUUGCCAUGAUUACGCAAAUUUCAUUUUAGAGUCCAAAGUAAUCCAAGACUGGAUUGCAUUUGCAGCAUGCUUUACUUCUCUCUGUAAUUAGAGGGUGUAAAUUAUCCCUCGAAAAUCUUAACAUUCCCAUCUAGUAUUGACCUACCGGCAAGUUUAAAAAAUGUUGAAUUUCUUCCGAUUUGAAAUACAUUGGAUACAAAAAUAGUUUCUUCGUCUUUCCUAACGAGUAUCAGUGUGUGUGUAUCUAAGGUACAUCAAGUCAGCAAUUAAAAUCUUCGUACCGUUUUAUACGAAAGACAAUCAACACAUAGAAAGUUUUUUCCUGAGUCUUACUUAACUUUUCUUUCUCUUUCCACCCAGGGAUGUUGGUUGUUCCCGAUGUGUGGCUCUCGUUCUUGACAAAGCAACUCCCUCAAGAUCAGAAAGAUCAAUCAAACUUAGUUAUCUAUGGAUGUCUUGCUGUUGUAUCCCUCAUGUUUAUAUUGACAAGAACAUAUGUAUUACUCUCCUGCUUCUUGCGAUGCUCUGAGCGUCUUCAUGACAAGAUGGUCGUUGGCACUUUACAAGCUCCUGUUUUAUUCUUUGAUUCGAAUUCGGUGGGAAGAAUCCUUAAUCGAUUUUCCAAAGAUAUCGGCUGGUUGGACGAGCAGUUACCAAGGAAAUUUCAACUAGCGAUCGACUCAACCUUAAAUGUGCUUGCAUCACUAAUUGUCCCAGCUGUUAUGAAUCCUUGGCUUAUUUUCAUACUUAUACCGUUGAUUUCGGUUGCAAUAUACCUGUCCACGUAUUAUUUGAAGACAUCCAGGGAACUUAAGAGGUUAGCGUCCAUAAGUCGUAGUCCAGUAUUCUCUCACAUUUCGGAGACCCUUGAUGGACUGGAGACGAUUCGGACCAGAGAGCGACAAAGUGAUUUUGUGUAUCAGUUUUACAGGUGGGUUUGCCUCGUCUUAAUUAAUUUUAUACAACUUGCAUCUUGGCUUAGUACAAUGGAUUCUAAGACAUGAACUACUUGAUUUAUAGAGAUAAAAGAAAGACGCCAUAUCGUCAUUUCCAUAAAUAGUUACUGCAAGGUAAUUGUAUUUCCCUCAGAACAAAACGGGCACCCGACAUCCUCGGCUCGAUUUCCGCCGAUCUCUCGUGUCCGGUCUUCGCUCCUCCCCGAGAAGAGACGAGAAGCUGGUAAAGAGCCUACCGUCAUCUCAGAUAGACGUUGUUUCUGAUCCCCUAUAUGUUCAAAUGAUCAGAAAGCAAUGAAUAACCCACUAAUUUUGUCCUGUUCACUUGCUUUCUUAAAGACAUCAUGAUGUUCUGAAUCAAGCAAACAUCUUGAUAAUGGCCGGUGGGAAAUGGAUCAGUGUGCGAUUUGAAAUUCUUGCAUCCUUAUUUGUUGGUGCAGUGGCUUUCUCAGCUGUUAUUAUGUCUCAAGAUGCCGGUGAGUUUGUAUUACAAAAAGAAGCCAGUCCCUAAUUCGAUUGAGUGACCGAAGGCGCAAGAAAACCGAAAUACUUGCUGAGUCUUAUCAGAUUAAAGGUGACCAGUGGAAGGUGUAGUAUAUUACAUUCGCUCAGAAAUGAGGGAAAUCAAGGAUUAAUAUUGUGCGUAAUUUUAAGUACUAGUGGUCAAUCGAGUCGUUAAGUGGAUUAAAUACUUUGUUACAUCCAUUUUUGAAAUCACUGGUGAUCCUUGCAAUCUGAUUGACUCUUACCGGUGCAAUUUCCUCGCACCCAUUUUUUGCUCUAAUCGCAUCUUUUUCCCAACAAACACGCCUCCCUCAUGCCAACUUUAUGCAGUUGUCCACAUAAAUGAAUCUUCUCAGGAAAACCCCCUGUAUUGCCUUGUUUAACUUUCCAUGGCAAGGGCGUGGCAAGGCUAUUUUUUGACUAUUUAGUGUGGAAAAGCAGUUAAAAUCUUCUUUGGUUAAUCUUUAGUUUCAAUUUUUGGUCUAAUUAGCUUUUGCUGGACUUGCCUUGGCUUACGUUGUUCAAAGACUUGGGCGGUCUCAUUACGCCAUCCGAACAACCUCAGAGGUCGAGAAUCUAAUGACGUCAGUUGAACGAGUUAUUACAUAUACCAAGCUUGAAUGUGAGCCAGGAUACAUGAUCGAACGACGACCCCCGGAAAACUGGCCAAAUGAAGGAAAUAUCAUAUUCAACGAAGUAUCCUUGAGAUAUUAUCCGGGAGGACCACAAGUGUUGAAGAAUAUCAAACUCAAUAUCAAAGGAGGAACAAAGAUCGGUGUCGCUGGCCGUACUGGUGCUGGAAAGUCAUCUUUUGUGGCAGCUCUAAUGCGCAUGCCUGAAUCGUGUGAUGAAAUAGUCAUUGAUGGAAUUCCAGUGAAGGAAAUCAACCUCCAGGAAACUCGACGAUGUAUAUCCGUCCUUGGCCAAAGUCCAGUUCUGUUUAAUGGAUCACUGAGGAAAAAUCUCGAUCUUGUUGAGCAGUUUACAGAUUCAGAUUUAUGGCAAGUUCUACAACAUGUGCAACUGAAAGAAUCAGUCAAAAGUCUUCACGGGCAACUUGAUCACGAACUGUUGGAAAAUGGUGCAAAUAUCAGUGUUGGAGAACGACAGUUGAUUUGUUUGGCUCGUGUGCUGUUGCAACGAAACAAGAUCAUCGUCUUGGAUGAGCCCACUGCAAAUGUAGAUCCAGAAACAGAAAAAACAAUCUUGGGCGUAGUGCGUGAAAAACUGAGAGACUCUACGGUCAUCACUAUAGCUCAUCGAUUGAACACCAUCAAAGACUGUGAUAAAAUUUUACUUUUGAAACGUGGAACGGUAGCAGAGUUCGACAAAUUUGACACUUUGGUGAACACAGAAGAAAGUGAGUUGCGUGAAAUGGCGCGAAUUGCAAGUUCCAAAACAACGUAA